AUGGUAGUCGUAUGUAAUAGAAAUGUUCUGUUCGAUAAGGCUUUGCUUGUUAUUGAACAGAACAAUGAGAAUACAGAUCCCGAGUGGUUAGCAGAUCUUCGUGCUAACAUCUCGCAAGUUGUCAACGAGCUUGGCUACGAUGAAUCCAAGUCCCAGAUACAACAACUCGUUGAAGAUCCUUUGUGGCUGACCCAAUUCAAAGGUUUCGUGAAAUCCUUAGUGCAAAGUUACGGCUUGGAAAAAUCUAAGGAAAUGUUAAGACACAUGGUUAAAUCUUUGGAAAAAAAAUAUCACGUUAAUAUACAAGAUGUGGAUGGUAAAUAUAAAACAAAGAAAUUCGACUGUCAAAAUUUAAAGGACUUAUAA